AUGGCGUCCAGGGGUGACAUCGUCGUCGUGACAGUCAACUACCGUCUAUCGACGCUGGGCUUCCUUGCUCUCAACGAUGGCACAACGAAUGGUAAUUUCGGCCUAGCUGAUCAAAUUGUCGCACUCGACUGGGUGAAGGAAUACAUCACCGCCUUCGGAGGUGAUCCGGAUCGCAUCACGAUUGCUGGUGAAUCUGCAGGUGCAGCAUCUGUGCGAACGUUUCUCGCAUCUCCUCUGGCUAUUGGCAAAUAUGCUGGAGCCAUUAUGGAGAGCAGUCCCCGUAGACGAUAUUCGUCGUACCUCAGCAUCCUAGAGGUGAGUAUACUCGUGGAGCCGAUCCUAGCUGAGAUCGGGUGCAACCUUUCCGAUGUGCUUGAAUGCUUGAGAGCAUACGACGCAAAUGCCCUUGUUAAUCUGGCACACAUUGCAAGCUCGCUUGUGGGCGAUGGGACCUACAUUGUCUAUACUGAGCUUUCCUUGAAUGGAUCAGGCGAUGUCGCAGGCAUACACGUCAUGAUCGGGAACCUGCUGAUGAAGAGGUGGACAUUCGGUGCCUCAACCAGGCGACGGUAUGGUCUGACGGCAUUCGACCCCAAUCACCCCGUUUGCGACGCCCCUCCAGAUGCUACGCACCCGUACGGGAACCCUUCGGAAGAAUAUUUCAAAUGCCACACAGGCGAGCUGUACUUUUUUUUUGGCACCCUCCCAAGUGACCGCCCGUACCGCGAUGCGGAGGACCUGCCAUUCAUGCAGACCGCUCUGGAUGCCUGGACGGCCUUUGCUCGUACAUAA